UUAGGACAGGUCAUAACCUCAUAACUGUCCUGCUCACAAAGCAGAGCCCCGCCAGCCAACUUGACCUGGCCUGAUGUAAUCCACAAAGUCAUUUUUGUUUUGGUCGUCGAGGUCCUGACCGACCGGCUCAUCUUGUCCUCCAGAGCGCUCAUCCGCUUGCGCUCUAGCACUGCGCGCCGUCCAAGCCGGGCAUUAGAGUAAAGUGAAUGUUGCAGAGAGGAAGCGUGGUGGGAGGACUCUGUGGAUGACAAGCCGUUCAACGGACGGGAGAGCGAAGCGAAUAAAAUUGCACCGAGAAGCUCACGCACGUCGCGAGCGACGGAAUCCCGACUUGUUUACCCGGUACCGGGCGCAGAGGAGCACCGUUGCGCAGUCUUUACGCGCGUCCAGAGGAGCGGACUGAGGGGCUGUCAGUGUCUCCAGCAUGUCAGCGGCAACGGCUUCAGUAGCAGAUGUGUCCAGAACUGAUUUUACUGCCGAGAAUGACGGCCAUGCCCAGAAUAAUUCAGGUCCUUCACAGGGUCAGUGCACACCCAUGCCCCUGCCAGCCCUAGGCACUCAGAGGAUCAUCCAGGGCAAUGGUACCAACGUGGGCACAGUCAUAUCACUGCAGUGCCCGGCCAAACACACACUGGUCGGCGGUGAUCUGGUCUGUGUCAUGGGCACCAACAGCACUCAGUGGGUCGGGGAGACCUACUGUAAACCUCUGUCCCCCUAUGAGGACUUUGGUUUCCGUGUGGCUGUGUUGGCAUCGAUUGUGAGCUCUGCCAUCAUCCUCCUCAUGUCUAUGGCCUUCAUCACCUGCUGUCUGGUCGACUGUAUCAAAGAGGAGAAAAGGAAAAAGCAGGAGAGAGAGAUAGAUCUGUGGCACCGGGAGGAACGGAUUGAACGGCGGGUGGACAACAGGUCCCACUACAGUCACAAGGGCAGGAACAACAACAACAACACCCAGGAGCAGAAACCCAAGUUUCUGUCACUGUGGGACAACCAUGACCCUGCUGUUUGGGACAACAAGAAGGCCAGAAGAUGUCGUCAACAUUACGCCUAUGGUCCAGCUGUCCCUCCAUUAGCCUCCACGUUUGGCCCUGCUCCACCUCUUCCUGGCCGUGACUGCGACCUGCCCCUCCUGCCCCAAAACUCAGAAUCUGAGCAGAACUCAGAUCCGCCUAAGUAUGUUGGACCCUCCUGGUCCUCCUGUCCAUCAAAGAGCUCAGGCCUGGUCCACAUCUCAGCAGCAGGGUCCAGUAAUGGUGUGGUGUGGCAAUAUGGAGGCCAGGAAAGUAGUUUUUCAUUAGUGAACCAGCCAGCCACAGAUGAGUCCUACAGGAGGAAUACAAACACUGCCAAUGAAUUGUCCAUACAAAUUAUAUCUGUCUGAGGAUGCAUCUCUGAGGAGUGUGGGAAAAAAGAAAAACGACAAGGAGGUGAAUGAACUGACCAUCAAUGGAGACUUUGUUUACCACUGUCAACCUGGCAUAAACUCAUGACCAAUUUUUUACUAGAGUGUAAGUGUAAGCGAGGACGUCAGAAAAUACUGACCAAACCUUGAAAUUUGAAUGUCUGCAGUAUUAGUUGAAGGCUUUCAAAGCAUACUGAGCACAUGGACUUAUGUGCCUUUUGUGAAAUGUAAGGGCAUACUGCCCUCUGUCUGUGAAAGCGCGCUACUGCACUUUCAGGAAACCAGCUUUCACUCGACGAGAGGAAGGCUAUACUUUUCCUUACAAAUGGAACUAAAAGAGCGCUGUUCACACUGAGAAAUAUGUAAAUAUGAUUUUAAGGAAUGUGAAUAAACCAUGAAGCUGUUCAUAAAGGUUCACAGAUUAAAUUGCAAUUGAAUUGCAGUUUAUGUGUACAUUUCGCUCUGAGGGAUGAAUGUAAGGCAAUGUAGACCUAACUGCAGAGACACAUGGAUAGCAUUUGACUGUCUUGUGUAAAUGAUGUAGCUCAUACUGUAUGAAUGUCAUAGAAAGUGGCAUGGUGUAGACUGUAGCCCAAUAAAAAGCAAUGGGAACUGCA